GUGCGAAGGUGAAGGUGCCGAUCGACGAGGUGAAUUUCAUAGAAUGAAUUCGUAGCGUUCCCACCUCGACACGCAUCGGCCGCGAGCGACGUGCUGCUGCGUCGAUUCAUCCGUAUAUAAAGACAGGUGUCGCGGCUUCUGCUCGUACAAUUCAUUGCAUCUGGUGGUGAAUAACGCGCGCGCUUAGCCAUGAAGUUCGCACUGGUAUGCCUGCUCGCCCUCGUCACUGUCGUCUAUGUGUCUGCAAAGCCACAAGGAUACACGACUAAGUAUGACAACAUAGACGUAGAACAAAUUCUGCACAACGAUCGACUGCUCCAACGUUAUGUCGAUUGCAUGCUGGACAAAGUCGGGGUCAGGUGCCCUCCUGAAGCCAUUGAGCUGAAAAAGGUCUUAUCUGACGCGUUAGAUACUGAAUGUAACAAGUGCAACGAUCGGCAGAAGGAGGUUGCGAAGAAGGCGAUAAGGUUCUUAAUAGAGAACAAGCCGGACACAUGGAAGGAGCUCAAGGCGAAAUACGAUCCGGAAGGGAAGUACGUAAAGAAGUACGAGAACUAAGUGGCUACAGCUAGAACUGGACAGUACACCACGAAAUUCGACAAUGUGGACGUGGACGCGAUCAUAAGCAGCGAGCGGCUGCUCAACGGAUACGUGGGCUGCCUGCUCGAACGAAAUCCUUGCACUCCGGACGCGGCGGAACUCAAAAAGAAUCUGCCGGACGCGUUGGAGCACGACUGCGCUGGAUGCAGCGAGGCGCAGAAGAACGCGGCCGACAAGAUCUCUCACCAUUUGAUCGACCACAAGCCGGAGGACUGGAGACUGCUGGAGGAGAAGUACGACCCCACCGGGGCGUACCGGCGACGUUACCUGGAGAACAAGUCCAAGGAGGGAGGCAGAUUCGACUAGGUCGUCUCUGCCACGUCGUCGAGAUGUCGAUAUCGAGGCUGACCUUGGCUACUCUUUCGGACUCGGAUUGCUCGAUCUCGUAAUCCUCGUCGCACGGCGGCUCUACCUUACGAUAACGAUUGCGCAACCACGAGACAUCCUUGUCUCGAGGAAGGAUCGGGCUGGGAAAACGUUUCCAGGUUUCUCCAGCGCGAUACUUCCGCGUCGCGAUUCGCCUCGCCGAGGCUCUGCCUCGUUGCCUGGAAUUUCACUCGAUGAUCCUUGGGUCCUGCGGGAGAGUCCGUCCGUCAGACGUAAUAAACGAGAGGAUGCGUCAUUGGAGCAUAAAUAUUAUCCCGCUAAAGUUCACGUCGGGGAGAAUCGAGCUAGAGAGUCUGAUCAUAGACGCGCGCGCGUCGUUAACCAAUUUGUCGUAAUCAGUCGUAAUUUUGCGCGUGAAGGUGGACAAAGUAAUUUACGUGCAAUUUCCUCGCAUAACAGCGAGAAAACAGUCGCGUCUAAUUCCCUUUGUUUCCUCGCGCUCUUCCAGUAUUUAUCUCUCGUCUCUUUGCACUUCUCAUAGGAUAUCGGUUGUUACGCGUUCCUAACUAUCUGCCCUUUUCUAUCGUGCAUGUUACACACACACACACACACACACACACACACGCAUACGUCCGAUAUUUACAUCAAAUAUUUGAAAAAAGAAAUGGACCCCCUCUCGGUGCCGUGCGCUCAUUGUUAUCAGUAAUCUCUUCCUUAUCGAUAGUUGCGCUCUGAGUAUCCGCACUCGUCGGUAGGUCUCGCUUCACGGUUGUAUAUUUCAGCCGCAGACUUCUAUAUAUAAGCUAAACCGAGAACUUCCAUCGGAGUUUUCAUGCGUAAAAGUGACCUUUAUGUAAAACAUAAAAUCGUGCGCAUACGCAAAUCCCGUUAGUACUCUAUGUGUUAAAUGAACAUUGAAUGUGUGUCAUUGAAUGUGACAUUGCCAGAGGAAAUAUUAAGUAUUGGAUAAAUAUAAACAUUUUCUGAAGUAAAAAUACCCGUACGGUGCAGUUACAUUCCUCUCGGGACCUUGCAGUGCGCGCAUGUUUUAGUACAUACUUUUAGGGGACGUUAAGAGUGUUAAGGAGACCAGUCUUAUCGGUCUAGUCUAUAAUAUAUAGAAGUCAGUGCCAGAGAUUUGACGGCAAUCUCGAAGUUAACAUAGGAAUUGAACAAUGAGGGACUAGAAUCCAGGGAUUGAAAUAGGAUCCAAUCGCGCUUGCCUCGGACUGUUUAGGUAAUUCUCCCCGUAACGCGUACUCGUCGUACAUAUCUUGUGCUUUCUCCUUUUCUUCUCUUGCUCCGACUAUGUAAUAAUAAUAUUAUAAUAUUGUAGCGUAUCGCACUGUCAUUAUAUGUAAUGUAUAUCACGUAAUUAUAUAAUAUCGCCGUAA